AUGCUGGAAGUGUUUGCAUUGGUCUCAUCUGUAGGUUGCUGGCAUAAAACGGAUGAUGAGGAGGUCUGUCCUGAGCAGAAUGUAUCUGUACUAGAAGAGUCACAGGUCAUGGCUCCUACGACAGCGCCAACAACCCAGAGGACCCUUCUGUGUAAGCAGUGUGUCUCUGUGUUAAAGGAUAUUUUUCACCUGACCGAGUCACAAACUGGAGACUUUGAGCAGAAAGCCUUCUUCCGUGAUGCAUGUGUGAGAGACUUCUGUUUGAGUGCAAACCCUCACCAGCCACAGAGGGAAGCCAGUGGAGAGAAGCCCUGGACAGAAGACGUGGACAGGGCCUUGUUUGUGACCAGCUGCACCUUCUCCUUACCUUGGGUGCCUUCAACUAAUUGGGAGGUUGGGGAAGACUUCCCAGCCAUCCCAAACCUUCUCCAGCACCAGACUCCUCUCAGCUCUGAGGAGCCACACAGUGGUAGUGAGAUUUUACAGGAAUAUCUUGUUGGAAAAAGUGUUCACCAGACUUGUAACUAUGAAAUAUUUGGCAGCCACAACCAGGGAUUUGUUCAGCAUCCCAGUGCCUGCUCUGGAGAAGUGAAAUAUGAGUGUGACAGAGGUGGAGACGUUUUUAAACAAAACUUUCACCUCAUUCAGCACAGAAUAACUCACACUGGAGAAAAGCCCUAUAAGUGUGCUGAUUGCGGGAAGUCCUUUGGACAAAGGUCCAACCUCAUUUCACACCACAGAGUUCACACUGGAGAAAAGCCCUAUGAGUGUUCCGAUUGUGGGAAAUCUUUUACGAGAAAUAAUAACCUCCUUAACCACAAGAAAGUUCACACUGGAGAAAAACCCUAUGAGUGUUCUGAUUGUGGGAGAUGUUUUAGGACAAAUAAUAACCUCCUAAACCACAAGACCGUUCACACUGGAGAAAAACCCUAUGAGUGUACUGAUUGUGGGAAAUCUUUCAGGAGAAAUAAUAACCUCCUUAACCACAAGACAGUUCACACUGGAGAAAAACCCUAUGAGUGUACUGAUUGUGGGAAAUCUUUUAGGAACAAUAGUACACUCCUGAACCACAAGGCAGUUCACACUGGAGAAAAGCCAUAUGAGUGUACUGAUUGUGGGAAGUUUUUCAGGAGGAGGCUUCACCUCUUGGAACACAUGAGGAUUCACACUGGUGAAAAAUCUUUUGAAUGUAGUGUUUGUGGGAAGUUCUUUAGACUAAAGGGGCACCUCAUUAAACACCACAGAGUUCAUACCGGAGAAAAACCGUAUGAGUGCAGUGAUUGUGGGAAGUCUUUCAGACAAAGACGCUCGCUCAUGGACCACCACAGAAGUCACACUGGAGAUAAGCCAUAUGAGUGUGGUGAUUGUGGCAAGUCCUUUAGACAAAGACGUUCGCUCCUGGACCACCACAGGAGCCACACUGGAGAAAGGCCUCAUGAGUGUACUAAAUGUGGGAAACGUUUUAGCAGCAAACCUAGCCUUGUUAGACAUCUGAGAAUUCACAUUGGAGAAAAGCCUUAA